GGCCAUCACAGCAGCAGAUCACGGCGGGAGAGGACUCCAAGUGACUGUGCCCAGUUGGCCUUGCACAGCCUGGGCCAGCACCAUGAGUGGCCGGACGUGUGCCCUCUGCCAGCACGCAGGGCCCCGCUCCCCGUCCUCAUGGGGACGGGCAGGAUCUACUCCAUGCAGAACAUCUUCCAGACCAUGUACCUUCUGGGCCAGGUGCUCCUCCACCGUGUCCAGGACUCUCUGCAAGGCUCAGUGCUGUCCAGGUCCCAGGAGGCUGGGCCAGCCCCAGAGAGCACCUUGGAGGAGGCUGGGGUGGCUGAGAUGGCGGCAAUGAGGAAGCAGCUGACAAGGAUCUCUGGGAGGCUCCGUGUGCUGGAGGAGCAGUGCCACGCCUGGCGGCAGAAGGAGGCCCUGGUCUACUCUGUGAUGAUCUCCACCUGCCUCAUCAACACAUGGCUCUGGCUGAGGAGAUGA